AUGAGUGGGCAACAAGGCCAGCCAUCGAAGGAGCACACAAACAACAUCACUGGUCAGUCAACCGGUCACGGCAUCGACACAACUUCCUGCGGUCCAACUUCCACCGACCUCAACUUCUUCUUGAUUCCGUCCGGAAGACCAUCCGCUACCUCUACCCUCUCGACGACUGCCCAACGAACAGACGCACAUCUGCCCAAAUCGCAUCUAUCCUCCAUUGCGCCAGAGUCGCAGUGUACCUCGACUGAACCCGUUGUCCCCCAACAACGUUCAAGCGCUGCUGUAGCGAACAACAUAGCACCAUACAUCAGGACAGCACCAAUCGUCGCGUUCCCGACGACCUCGUCCUACUCGAGCGGCUAA